AUGUGGGGACCCGGGGUCACGGCCGAGGGCCUGUCGGUGGCGCCGGCGCCGCCGCCUCUGUUGCCGCUGCUGCUGCUGCUGGCGCUGGCGCUGGUGGCGCCCUCGCGGGGCGGCGGGGGCUGCGCGGAGCUGGCGUGUGGCGAGCGGGAGCGCUGCUGCGACGCGACCAACGCCACGGCGGUGCGCUGCUGCAAGCUGCCGCUGCACGCCUUCCUGGACAACGUGGGCUGGUUCGUCCGCAAGCUCUCGGGGCUGCUCAUCCUGCUUGUGCUCUUCGCCAUCGGCUACUUCCUGCAGCGCAUUAUCUGCCCCAGCCCACGCAGGUACCCGCGCGGCCAGGCACGGCCCGGGCAGGCGCGGCCGGGACCUCCGGGGGGCGCCGGGCAGCUGGGGGGCGCGGGCCCGCCCGACGACGACGACGACUCGCCGGCCCUGCUGCGGGACGAGGCAGCGGCGGGUUCGCAGGACUCACUGUUGGACAGUGGUGGCGGUGGCCGGGGCCGGGGAGGCGGCGCACGCUCGGCCCCCUCCUGCGCCUCGGAGCACGAGCUGCGCGUAGUCUCGCCGGUCUUCCUGCAGCUGCCCAGCUACGAGGAGGUCAAGUACCUGCCCACCUACGAGGAGUCCAUGCGACUGCAGCAGCUCAGCCCCGGGGAGGUCGUGCUGCCCGUGUCGGUGCUCGGCCGCCCGCGAGGUGGCAGCGCCGGGGAGCCCGACGGCGGCGAGGGCCGCUUCCCGCUCAUCUGAGCGCCCUGGGCCGCUCGGGGACCACGCGGACGGUGCGGAGCUGGGGG